ACUUGUUGCUAUUAUGCUAUUUAGUGCAGUUUAGUGUUUACUGCAACAGCUAUAUUGCAUUUGAGGAAGUCGGUUUUAUUUUUUGAAUAUUGAAGAAAACUUUAAAAUAGUUUGAGGUCUUCACGUUUCCCCUAUUUUUUUCGGGUUUUCAAGAAAAACAAACUUUUUGUGAUAUUCUAACAUGUCUUUAGAGAGCGUCCCAAAAGAUCUUCGCAAUCUUCGUGCCUGCUUACUAUGUUCCAUGAUUAAGUCUACAGAUCAAUUUGAAUUUGAUGGAUGUGAUAACUGUGAAGAAUAUUUAAAUUUGAAGAAUAAUAGAGAUUUAGUUUAUGACUGUACAAGCUCAAACUUUGACGGGAUGAUCGCUUUGAUGGGAGGAGAAGACAGUUGGGUGGCUAAAUGGCAGAGAAUCAGUCGCAACGCCAAGGGUAUCUACGCCAUCUCCAUCUGUGGUCGUCUGCCUGCCAGCAUCGUCCGAGAGCUCAAGAGCAGGGGAAUCACCUACAGAUCCCGUGACACUAGCACCAUGUGAGGCAAGGACGAGAAAAUCAUCCUGUUUGUUUGUUUGUGUGUAUGCUGCGAAAUGUGAUUUUAAAAUUAUCUUGCUAGUAAAGUUUCUUCGAAA